AUGCAACAAACUUCGUUGGGGCUAAUCGAAAGCUCAGCGAAAUACAACGAUUGUGGGCCUUCACUUCCUAAGAACGAAGCCGUUGCUCAUCAUUUAACUCAAGCAUCAAUAGAAUGGCACUUUAUACCUCCAGCAUCUCCUCAUUUCGGAGGAAUUUGGGAGGCCGCAAUUAAAUCAACCAAAUAUCACUGUAAAAGAGUAAUAGGUGAAACGCUACUUACUUUCGAAGAAUUGACAACUCUAUUGGCUCAGAUAGAAGCCAUUUUAAAUUCUCGUCCGUUAUGUAGUGUAAACAAUACUGACAUUGAUUGCAUUAAUAUUCUCACUCCUUCACAUUUUCUUACAGGAGACGUGAUCCUAUCCCCUCCUGAACUACCUCUUACUAGUCCUGCUAAUAUACGGAAUAGGUGGGAUCUCCUUCAAAAGAUGCGGCAAGGACUUCUGCAAAUCAUGGACCAAAGCAUAUCUAUCUUCUCUUCAAACCAGAAAGAAAUGGAAGGACACUCAGCCGAAUAUGAAAACUUGGAGACAUCGUCCUGUUACUAG